CCUGCCGCUUUGUCUUCGUACGACCGUCUUUCAGUACGGCAAAGCAACUGUUUGCCCCUACGUACACGCCAUAUGUCUGAUCAUCUGAGGCAAUCUUCAGUACGAGGACUGCCAGGCUCUCCAGGACGUCCUUCUCCCCUCUCGCGGCCACACUGGCCUUGGUCGACCUACACGCACCGCUCGGCUUCGUCUUCUACCUCUGUGUUCUCUUCAAGUGGCUCCAACUCGGGUGGGCAAGGCUGGGAGUCCAGCUCGUCCGUGUCCACGCCUACCGUUCUCGUGUCCACACCUGCGGGUGGCAGGCGCAACUCGACCCUUUCAGGCUUGUCGUACCAAGCCCAGAUGCCGGAGGAGCUGAGCACUAGACAGUGGUCAUUCACUGCGUUCGAAUGGGUGGUGCGGGACGUACACCGAUUGAGGGACUUCGUGGAAAGUCCAGACGCCUCCGAUGAUGUUGCGGGCGAAGCAGAGGAAGGGGAAGGAACAUCACCUGAUGCAGAUGACUUUGAGGUCUUGAAAGAAGCCCCCAUCAUUGGAGACGGGAAAUUCAAGCUGGAAAUUGCUAAAAUCCCCGCUCCUGACACUACUGAUCUCGCAACAUCGUCGGGCUUGCGAAGCCACCUGCCGGUAUUGUCGCUGUAUGUUACUUCACUCAUGGUCGACAACACAGACUACGAGAUGUCGACGUCAAUGUUCGCGGCCAUCAAAUGUCAGGAUGACCGAGCAGGCGAACGCGGUGCACGCGCCGACUGGGCUUGGGAAUACUGGCACAAUGGCUGGGUCUUCCGACAGGAGAGCGAGGUUUGGGAAUGUCCGUUGCCUCCCUUGUCGUCUCUGCUCGAGAACCCGCGAAUCAGAGAGACGGACUCGUUUGUUAUAUGCGUACAGAUGCACACACCUGCCGGGCCUUUCUUCCCACAGCAGCCAUCUGCGUAUUAUGUGCCGCGUGACCUGCUGGAGGGCCUUGAGGCGUCAUUGGAUAAUCCGAACACUGGUGACGUUCAGUUUGUUUGUCUCGAGCGUCGCGAUGCGCAAGAAGCGAUAGCUGAGCAAGAGCCACCUACACCAAGCACAGCAGGCUCCUCGAGCCACACGUCAUCAGCCUCGCAUACGGCAGGACCGCAGACCAUAGCGAGGAAACGUAUCAUUUGGGCGCAUGCAGACAUCCUGAUCAGGCGGUCUGAGUAUUUCGCGACAAUGCUUGGUUCAUCGUUCCUUGAGAACAGUUCCGCGGUCUUGCACCCCGGCGAGCGCAAGAUCUACAGCGUCGUCGUCGAGGAAGCCGAUUUCGUGACGAUAUACUGGCUGCUCAAGUUCGUGUAUGCCAAUUGGCUCCUCUUCCGGAAGGAAGACGAUCCCAGAGAGGCGGUGGACGGCAUUGGUGCAGGCUGGAGUGCACGAGGCGUCAGCACGCCUGGCUCUCCGGACGAGUGGGAAUGGAAGACUUUCUCAAAGGGUUCGCCUCCCGAGUUCGCCGGCGUGAGCGACGCACGGAGUGUUACCAGCGCGGAGAGCGCACGUUCAAACGGCGGGAAGAGUGUCAGCCCACAGUCAAAGGAUAAACGGUUAUUCGACUCGAGGCAGAGCUCAGGCCCUGUGCCAACAACACCCUCGAGGAGCACGGCGGCGACCAAAACUUCCGCUACCUCGUCUCGUUCUCCGGCGACCCAGCCGCGACGCUCGGGCACAUCCUCCACACCUGGUGGCCCGAAUACGCUGACCGUAUCUCCGUCGGCUCCAGCCGCUCCCUCCUCACGCGGCGCAAAGGCCGUGCCCGUUCCGAUCUCGCCAUCCGGCGGUACCUUCGUGACGCCUCCCCACUACCCGAUCUCUCCGCGCCAGCAACGCCAAAGGUCUCACCCGCCCGCCGCAUCCACGCCUGAUCCUCACCCGCACCCGACGCCCUCUCCACCGCCCGCAUCUGCGUUGUCGAUGUACCAGGUUGCUCACAGGUAUGGGAUGCCGGGGCUUGCCUCGCUGGCGAUGGAGCAUAUCAUGUCCACGGUCACACCUCAGUCGAGCUUCCCUGUACUGCUCGCGACGUCAGCUUGGGACGAGCUGCAUUCCUUUGUGGAGGAUUAUGUCGUCGAUAAGUGGGAAGAAGUCUCAGUCUCCGAGGAGUUUGAGCGUUGCUGUGAGGAAGUGGCGGGUGGAGAAUGGGGCCCGGAAGGCGGCAAGACUCUUAUGGCCCUUUUCCGGCGGCUACGCUCUCCGGUUGUCAAUGUAACAGCUUGAACAUGUCGCAUUAGUCCUUUUGUCCGAUGAAUCACUGUACCACUAUUGUACCUCGCUCGCAUCCCUCCUGCAUUGAUACCGUGGAUUUCUCAUAUUUUGAUGAUUCUGUGUACAUAUAUUCUAAGGUCAACGCUUUGAGAACGA